CCGCGCGCGGUGCACGCUGGGAGCCCUGCCGGCCUCGCCGCCGCUUUUCCUGGAGGGUCGCGCGCCGGGAAUUCGUUCUAAAGGCAAAGAGAGAGAGAGAUGGCAAGGGGCGGGGCUCGGCUCGCGUUGCCUAGGAAACUCCUGCUGCUGCUGCCUGUGCUGGGGCUGGUGAGCGCGAGCGCCCCCUGGGGACUGGGCGCCUGGCGCUGCAGCUUCUCGUCCUCCUGCGAGUGCGACUUUCGGCCGGAGCUCAGCGGCCUGGAGUGCGCCUUGUCGGUCCACCUGUUUGGCCAGCCCUUGGCCAGAGAGCUCCUGGUGCGCGGCCUGAGGGCCUUCGUGGAGGACGCCGACCCCGCAAAGCCCCUGGUGAUGUCCUUCCACGGCUGGACCGGCACCGGAAAGACCUACGCCAGCGCCCUGGCUGUGCGCCACCUCCUCCGCGAAGGACUGCGCAGCCCCUUCGUCCACCGCUUCUCCCCCACGGUCCACUUCCCUCACGCCGAGCGGACAGAGCAGUACAAGAAAGACCUGAAGAGCUGGAUCCAAGGGAACUUAACCCUCUGCAGCCGGUCGGUGUUCCUCUUUGACGAAAUGGAUAAGAUGCCGCCAGGUCUGAUUGAUGCGAUCGUCCCAUUCCUGGGGCCUUCGUGGGUCGUGUUCGGCACCAACUACAGAAAAGCCAUCUUCAUUUUCAUUAGUAAUGCUGGUGGGGAGCAGAUUAACCGGAUGGCGCUGGACCUGUGGUGGGCCCGCAAAGACCGCGAGGAGAUCGACCUGAAAGACCUGGAAAAGUCCGUCUUGGAAGCUGCCUUUGAAAACCCCCAAAAUGGAUUUUGGAAGUCCGGGAUAAUUGAGCAAGGCCUCAUCGACCUCCUGGUGCCUUUCCUGCCCCUGAAGCAGCACCACGUCAAGCAAUGCGUGGCCAAUGAACUGGCCAGCCAAGGCCUCCAGAUGCGUCCGGACGUCGUCCAAGCUGUCGCCGACAGCCUCCCUUAUUUCCCGGAAGAAGAGAAAGUGUUCUCAUCCACAGGCUGCAAAAUGGUGGCGUCGCGGAUUCCCUACUACCUCUGACUCCUCUGGUGACGUUUCCCUCCCAAGUCCCACUGUUUGCUGACAAUGCUUCAGGAGUCUCUUUUGGCUCACAAAAAUGGAGGCUUUUCUAUGAGUGUGAGUUUUAAAACUUCAGUGUAGAGAUGGACUCUCCAUUUGCCCUGAUUCAGGAGCAAGGAAGAGGCAUUCUGCACUUUAUCAGAGUCUAAUUUACACUUUGCCCUGAGCCCUGUGAGGAUGUGGACUCUUUCGUUCAAAGGAGGAAACGCUAUCUAGGAUGCUUUUAUAACACUAUUCUAUAGCCUUUUUAAAACAGUGGCAGCUAUCACGCCCACUUUCCUUAACAUGACAUUCAGAUGCCUUAAUGUGAACUAAUCAACUUCGUUUUCUCCACUCUUCUUACCUCUGGUUCCUUAAAGAACAUUUUAAAACACACUGUGAUUUUGCUAUCAAUAUGCUGGAAGGCGAACUCAGGCUGGACUCUGCAGUUUGAACCUAAGCCUGAUAAAACUCUGGAGGUUUUAUUUCUUUCUUCUGUUGAAAUCUAGUAGUACUCAAAGGUGUUUCAAGAGCUGCCCCUUUUCAAUGCAAGUAAGGAAAAUCAUGCUCUCUAUGCCUUCGAUACAAAGCUGGUCCUGGAAAAACCUCUUCUGCAGACCCUUUUCUUGCACAAGGAAAAUGGGUUGCCACCAUCUUGAAGUGCCCAAGAAACCCACUGGCAAAGGAAGGUGCUAAGUGCAACUGUUCUGAUGGUUCUCUCUGUAGUAGGUUAGUGGUACAAGCUACAGCUACUUCUGAUUGCAGAGCUUGAGUAGAAGAGAAAGUGUCCUCCAUUUGAAGGUAUUUCCCCCAGACAUGGCCAGUUACUUGUGGAAAGGCAAGGUAAGAAACCUCACCUGUAAGCAUUGUCACCUGUUCCAAAAAUCCUUAGGGGUAAAUGCUGCUAAGAACAAUCUGCGAAUGAGAACCUAUUUCGUUGUUGUUGUUUUAUUGUAAAUAAAAAACACAGAAGAUA